AUGGGCUCGGUAGCCGAUUUUUCCGGCAAAUUUUUAGUUUUAACACUUGUUUCUACACCGACCGGAUGCCGUCUACCAACAUCAUCAUACCAACCAGAUGCCGUCUAUCACCAACAUCAGCACACCGACCAGACACCGUCUACCAACAUCAGCACCCCGUUCGCCAACAUCAGACCGUACCUUCCAUCAUCUUUUUUUCUUAUUGUUACUUGCUAUCGCAUAAAUGUACUUAUGUUACCUCUAAUUGACAAAAACAAUUGA